ACAGACAAUGCACAGUCAACAACACAGAAGGGCUGGAUGUGUUUCAUGACAUGUGUAAGGCAUAAGAAUUAUCCGAGGUUUGUGUGUUGGUUACAUGCUCGACCUCCGAGAACAGCUGGAGCUCUAUGGUAAUGCGGCUUAACAACCCAUCGCCGGACGUGUCGCUGUUUUUUCCAUUCGUGUUUCCAACUGCAUCCACACUGAAAACUUAUCCAUUUUUGUAUGUAGUUUACGGCACAGAGGCAAUAUUGCUCGUUUUCUCCACUGCGGCAUUGAUUGGAAGCUGUCGUUUGUUAUCAAAAUCUUAUUUGUUCCAUCGCAAU